AAAAUUUUGAAUAUUUGAAACAUUCUAAAAAAUGGGGAAAAAAAAGAUACAGAUCAAGAAAAUUAUGGAUCCCAAAACACAAAUUACAACGUUUUCAAGACGUAGAAAUGGGUUAUUAAAAAAAGCACAUGAAUUAUCUGUUUUGUGCGGUAUUGAAGUUACAGUUCUUAUAUUUGAUGAAAAAAAUAAAUGUCAUGUUUAUUGUUCAAAUGAAGAAGAGAAUGCAGCAGAAGCAAUGAUGCAGAAGUAUAUUAAUAAACGAUUUAAAACAGAUACUUCAAAAAAACAGAGUGAAUCUAUUGGAUUAGAAUGCCAAUUAGAUGGAACUAUGCUUGAAAAAAAUCAGUAUAAUUUCAAUGAUAGAGUUGAAAAUGUAGCAAUUAUUCAAACGUAUCAAGUAAUACAGAAUGAUAAUAAAAAGAAGGAUAUGCCUUUAGCAUUUAUUUCUUCAGAAGAUUCUUUAGAUAAAACAGAAGGGCUUUAUGUAAAAUCGAAACGAACAUAUCAUGUAUAUACCGAGUCACCUAAAAAAGAUCCAGAGGCAGAAUGUCAAAAAUCGGAUUCUUACUAUCUUAAACAGCUUCAAAAUGGGUUUAUAGACCAUUAUCAAAACAAUAAUCUUCAAACUAAUUAUACUAAUCAUGCACAAUCAACCAUUAAUUCCGAUAAUAAAUCUUUUCAGUCUUAUCCAUACUCAUAUAUGAUGAAUAAUAAUUAUAACUUCGGAAAAUCUGCCCCUAACUUGUUACUGUUCUCAAAUCUUGAAAACAUAUCUCAAAACUCCACACCUGUGGUUCAUAAUAAUUUGAUAAAUCCUAUCUGCAAUUAUUCGGAUCAAACGUAUGCAGAAUCCUUAUUAGAUGAUUCUUUAAAAAAAUUUAAUAAUCAAAUAUCUUCGGAUUUUGAAAUAUAUAAUCAGACUGAAUCAAAUAUGUUAAACAAUAUUAUGCAAGAAUCAUAUAAGGAAAUGACUUCAAGCCCUUUAUCUCCAAAUGAUAAGAAAUACAAUAUUCCAAAUGGAAUAUUAGCGGAUUUUCAAAACCAUCUUUAUAUUUAUGAUUAA